GAUUAUGUAACUAAAUUUUUUGACAGUUGUAGAUAUAACCUCAAAUUUUAUCAAUUUUAUUAGAAUGGCUUCAAAAGCAGAUAUACGCGAUAUUUCACCGCUUUUGAAGAAAUUACGCGACUUUUUACUGGGGAGAGGUCAUACUAAAGCGUUAAGAUUUCCACCGGAAGUUGCUACAAGAUCUCCACCGUUACCAAUUCUUCCUGAGGGACCCUCGCAUAGGUUAUUCAAUAAUUAUUAUUACAGCAGAGAUGGUCGUAGAGAAUUGAUGCCCCCAUCUCUGAUUUACCCAGCCCAAAAGCAAAUUGCGGCUGCUUCCCCGAAAGAAGCUAGUGUUGGAGCACAACGUGCGCCAAAACCUGGUAAUGUUUACGCGUGGGAUUAAAGAUGUAAAAUGUAUUAAUUGUAAAUAGUAAUUAUUUGAGAAAUAUAAUAAAUAUUUAAAGAGUUA